UCAUACAUGAGAAGACCCUCAAGCAGCCUGUUGUAGAGCCAACUGGAGACUGACAAACUGAACCAGGGCAGAGGAAAUAACUUCGUUCUGCUAAAUUUCACUGUGGAUACCCUAGUCGGUGACAGUGUAACGUUCGUAGCAGAGCAGACACUGUAGCCUGCUAACAUUCAAAGCUGUUGGUGUUAGAUGAAAAAGAGCAGAGCCGGGGGAAUAAUGGGAACCAGAGGUGGAGGUGCAGGCAACACUGGAGCCGCUGUGUAGCAACGCAGAGAUGAGCUGUGAAUGUGACAUCGAAGGAAAUACAAGAGUGGCUCGACUAGCAAACGGUAGCUAGCUAGCUAGCUAGCCGGUCAGUGCUGCGGCUUGAUGUGAGCUUCAUUUUCUUUCAUGGUGUGAGCCGUACCGACUCGUUCAGAACGGCAUGUGAGAGGAUGGCUGAAGGAUAAGAUCCAAGACGUCACAUUCCCUCAACCCAAACUGACCCCACUUUCCCCUUUUUUUACUUUCAGCCUCCCCUUGUUUCCUAUCUCAGCUCAUUUCCCUGUCUGUAUGGGAUUUCAUGGAAUGCAUGAAAUCCAUAGUAAGAACAUGUAAAUUAAUUUGAAAUUAGACAAUCCUCUCCUGACACCCUCCUGAGCAAACGACAAGAUGCCCCUCAAAUUUGAAAAAAUUACAGUGUGAUCGGAUAUCGACCUCCUGCCCAUCUGAGAUUGCCACCUCAGUCUGUCGGAUUCUCACUCUGGUUCCAUCACUUGUUCCCUACCUGCAGCCUUUUCCACAACCCAAUCUCUUUUCUAGUGUCAUUGGGCCAUGGUUCGCAAGAAAGGUUCCCUUAUACUAUGUGGUGCUUUCCUGUUUGUCGCCUGGAAUGCUUUGCUUCUUCUUUAUCUUUGGGGUCGUCCUCCCAUCGGCCGUCUCGGAGAAGGUGGUGGAGCUGAACCAGGAGGAAAGGAGGAGUGGGACGUGGGCAGAGGGAAAGGAGGCCAGGUCAACCUGGCUGGGGAGGUGAUUCGGCUGGCAGAGGAGGUUGAAAUUCAGCUCGAGACCCAGAAAAAGCUGCUGAAGCAGAUUGAAAGUCACAGGGCAGUGUGGGCUCGGCAGAAAGAUGUCGGGAAAAGAGAAACAGAGGAUACAAAAGAAAUCAAACAAGAGGUUGUCCACCAGCCGCAGAAGCCUCCACUUUCUCGUGGGGACAGUGUGGAUGAUAGGCACCAAACUCACGUGAAGCAUACACAGAAGCCUGUUCAUACAGUACCUACAGGCUCUAAGGUAGAACAGCACCAGGCCAUUGAAAUAAAGGAAGGGAUUGGUGAGAACCAUAAACUGGCCACUUCUGUUGCCAGCCCAGAGGUCAUUAUUCCCAUAUUAGUUAUUGCUUGUGACAGAGUGACGGUAAAACGGAGCCUCGACAGACUGAUACAGUACCGCCCCUCUCCAGAACUAUAUCCAAUCAUUGUCAGCCAGGACUGUGGCCACGCUGAGACAGCUCGUGUGAUUGGCUCAUAUGGAGAUCAAGUGACGCACAUAAGCCAACCGGACCUGUCAGACAUCAGAGUUCGGCCAGAGCACAGAAAAUUCCAGGGCUACUACAAAAUAUCCAGACAUUACCAGUGGGCACUUAACCAAGUGUUCAACACGUUCUCCCAGUCCACUGUGGUCAUAGUGGAGGAUGACUUGGAGGUGGCUCAGGACUUCUUUGAGUAUUUCCGAGCCCUGUACCCAAUCCUGCGCGCUGACCCUACCCUGUGGUGCGUUUCUGCAUGGAAUGACAACGGCAGAGACGCCUUGGUGGAUCCGUCAAAAGCUGAGCUCCUCUACAGAACAGACUUCUUCCCUGGUCUGGGCUGGAUGCUACUGAAGGAGAUGUGGGAUGAACUGGAACCCAAAUGGCCCUCAGCCUUCUGGGACGACUGGAUGCGUCAGCCAGAGCAGCGCAAGGACCGCUCCUGCAUCCGGCCUGAAAUCUCCCGGACCAUCACCUUUGGCCGGAAAGGUGUCAGUUUAGGUCAAUUCUUUGACCAGUACCUUCGUUAUAUUAAGCUAAACACUGAAUUUGUGCCUUUUACCAAACAGGAUUUGUCUUAUUUGCUAAAAGAGAAGUAUGAUGAAAAGUUUAUAAAAGAGGUUUACAGUGCCCCACUGGUGAAGAUUGAGGACCUACAACAAGCGGGCAGCUUAAAAGGCCCUGGCCCCUACAGGGUGGAGUACUCAAGCCGGGACAGUUUUAAAGUCUUUGCUCGAAAUCUAGGGGUGAUGGACGACUUGAAAUCUGGAGUUCCUCGUACAGGUUACAGGGGCAUAGUCAGUUUCCUGUAUCGGGGUCGAAGGGUAUGCUUGGCUCCACCAGAGGGCUGGACGCAGUAUGACAUCAGCUGGAGCUGA